GAAUGCUUUUCUGUUUGCGCUUUUAGCAACAGGAAGUAGCGUCGUUCGAACGCCGGGCGCCACUUCCUUACAUGCCUCCAGAGUCAGUGUGAAUAGGCUUGGAGGGCUAACAUCGGCAUUGGGCAGUGAAACUUGAGUCUGAAAAGUAACGGGACUUGGAUUUGGAGUGCGAUCCUUCAAGAUGGGGAAGGGACUCCCUGCUCAGUCGCUGCUGGCCAAUACAUAUUGGGCCCCCCAUUCAAAGAAGAAGCUGCCGUUUGAAUAUAAGGUGAUUGAAGAUAUAUAUGUAAAGGAAAUUGCAGCAUCAAGGUUUUCCAUUAGAAAGAUUAUGCUCUUAGAAUUCAGUCAGUACCUUGAGAACUACUUAUGGGUCAAUUACUCACCGAAGGUGUCCAGUAAACCCUAUCUGAUGUCCAUAUGUUGCAUGGUGAAUGAGAAAUUCAGGGAAAAUGUGCCAGCCUGGGAGACCUUCAAGAAGCAACCGGAACAUUUCCCUUUCUUUUUCAAGAGUAUAAUGGAGGCAUCUGUAACUGUGGAGACAGAAAAUGACUUCUCCUUGCAGGAGCUCACCAUCCUGCUUAUUUUCUUAGAUCACUGCUUCAACAGCCUGGAGGUUGAUUUAAUUCGUGGACAGAUUCAGCAACUCAUCUCCCUACCCAUGUGGAUCUGCCUACAGCCAAGUCGUCUGGAAAAGGAGCUGAAGAAAACGCCAAAACUGAGGAAAUUCUGGAAUCUCAUUAAGAAAGCAGAUGAGAAGAUGGACAGUAAUGCAUGUGCACAGGCAAUGCAGGAGAGGACAUUCCUAAAGCAACUUAUCCAGAAUUUCCUGUCAGUUCUCCAGUCCAUUCCAGCUUCUGGUACAGUCAGCAUGGACAGAGUACAUUACUGUGAGCGAUUUAUAGAGCUUAUGAUUGACCUGGAGGCCUUGCUACCCACCCGCCGUUGGUUUAACACUGUACUAGAUGAUUCCCAUCUGGUUGUUCAUUGCUACCUUUCCAGCCUGUUCCAGCGAGAACAAGAGGGACACCUCUUCUCACAGCUUCUAGACAUGCUGAAGUUUUAUGCUGGGUUUGAAAUAAAUGACCAGACGGGAAAUGCUCUAACAGAGAAUGAGAUGACCACAAUACACUAUGAUCGCAUUACUUCCUUGCAGAGAGCUGCUUUUGCUCACUUUCCUGAGCUCUACAACUUUGCACUUUCAAAUGUGGCAGCUGUGGACAUGCGAGAAUCCCUUGUGAAAUUCUUUGGUCCUCUAAAUCCAAACACACUCCACGGGGUAGCCUCGUACCUCUGUCUGUUACCGGCUCUAGCUGAAGGAGAAGACACAAAAUAUGAAAAAGAUGUUCUCUUGGAAUUACUGGUCUCUCGGCAUGAACGUCGCAUUUCUCAAAUUCAGCAGCUGAACCAAAUGCCCUUGUACCCCACAGAGAAGAUUGUAUGGGAUGAGAACAUUGUGCCCACAGAGUACUAUUCCGGGGAAGGGUGCCUUGCACUACCGAAAUUAAACCUGCAGUUCCUUACUCUACAUGAUUAUCUGUUGCGCAAUUUUAACCUCUUCCGUCUGGAGUCAACGUAUGAGAUCCGUCAGGACAUUGAGGAUGUGGUUUGUCGUAUGAAGCCUUGGCAGUCUGAAUAUGGAGGUGUUGUUUUUGGGGGUUGGGCUCGUAUGGCUCAGCCUAUUGUGGCCUUCACGGUAGUAGAAGUGGCCAAGCCGAAUAUUGGUGAGAACUGGCCAACUCGUGUCAGAGCCGACGUCACAAUCAACCUGAAUGUCCAAAAACACAUCAAACAAGAAUGGGAAGGUCUCCGUAAGCACGACGUCUGCUUCCUGAUCACCUUGCGGCCCUCCCUUCCCUAUGGUACAAAAAUCGAUCGCCGACAACCAAUUGUAGAGCAGACUGGCCUCAUGUAUGUACGUGGGUGUGAGAUCCAAGGCAUGUUGGAUGAGAAGGGACGAGUCAUUGAGGAAGGUCCAGAGCCCAAACCCAUACUUAAAGGAGACUCAAGAACAUUAAGGGUAUUCCUUGACGCCAACCAGUACCAGCAGGACAUGACUAACACCAUCCAGACAGGGGCAGAGGAUGUUUAUGAAACUUUCAACUUGAUUAUGAGGCGGAAACCCAAAGAGAAUAACUUCAAGGCUGUGCUGGAGACUAUCCGGAAGCUGAUGAACACAGACUGUGUGGUGCCUGACUGGCUUCAUGACAUAAUUUUGGGUUAUGGAGACCCAGGAAGUGCCCACUACACAAAAAUGCCAAAUCAGAUUUCAACAUUGGACUUCAAUGACACCUUUCUAAGCUUGGACCACCUGAAGGCUUGUUUCCCUGGCUACAAAGUUAAGGUGACCGUGGCUGAUCCAGCUCUGCACAAGGCCCCUUUUAGAAUUUCAUUUCCUGUCUAUGGAGGCAAAGGGAAGAAGAGGAAAGAUGGCUCUGAGGAAGAAACUGAGCAGGAACAGACCACAAACCUGACUGUGGAACCACACGUCAUCCCGAACCGAGGGCCUUAUCCGUACAACCAACCAAAACGCAACACCAUCCAGUUCACAUCCACACAGACGGAAGCCAUCCGUGCAGGCAUGCAGCCUGGCCUUACUAUGGUAGUUGGACCACCUGGCACAGGUAAAACAGACGUGGCUGUGCAGAUUAUUUCCAACCUAUAUCACAACUUCCCUGAGCAGAGAACUCUUAUUGUGACGCAUUCUAACCAGGCUCUGAACCAGCUGUUUGAGAAGAUUAUGGCUCUGGAUAUUGACGAGAGGCAUCUCCUGCGUCUGGGCCACGGAGAGGAGGAACUGGAGACCGAGAAGGAUUUUAGCAGGUAUGGAAGAGUGAAUUAUGUACUAGCCAGAAGACUGGAGUUACUUAAGGAGGUUGGAAGAUUACAAGAGAGUUUGGGGGUUGCAGGGGAUGUGUCCUAUACCUGUGAGACUGCUGGUCAUUUCUUCUUGUACCAGGUCAUGUCUCGUUGGGAGGCUUACCUAAGCAAGGUGAAAUCCAAAUCCAAUCACACUCCAGAUGCGAGUGAUGUUAGCAAAUUCUUUCCCUUCCAUUCUUACUUCUCCAAUGCUCCUCAGCCCAUCUUCAAAGGGCAAAAUUAUGAAGAGGACAUGGAGCUGGCUGAAGGUUGCUUCCGACACAUCAAGAAGAUUUUUACUCAACUUGAGGAGUUUCGAGCCUUCGAGUUGCUGCGUAGUGGGCUUGAUCGAUCUAAAUACCUGCUGGUCAAGGAAGCCAAGAUCAUUGCCAUGACCUGCACACACGCUGCACUGAAACGCCAUGACCUUGUGGAACUGGGAUUCAAGUACGAUAACAUCCUGAUGGAAGAAGCCGCUCAGAUUCUUGAAAUUGAGACGUUCAUCCCCCUCCUCCUCCAGAAUCCUGAGGAUGGUUUCAGCCGUCUAAAGCGCUGGAUCAUGAUUGGGGACCACCAUCAGCUGCCCCCUGUUAUUAAGAACAUGGCUUUCCAGAAGUAUUCCAAUAUGGAGCAGUCACUCUUUACCAGAUUUGUUCGUCUUGGUGUGCCAACCGUUGACCUUGAUGCCCAGGGAAGAGCAAGAGCUAGCUUGUGCAAUCUGUAUAACUGGCGCUACAAGAGCCUGGGGAACCUACCUCAUGUCCAGCUUCUUCCUGAAUUCCAAGCAGCCAAUGUCGGUCUUCUAUACGAUUUCCAGCUUAUAAACGUGGAAGAUUUCAAUGGCGUUGGAGAGUCAGAACCCAACCCAUAUUUUUACCAGAAUUUGGCUGAAGCUGAAUAUGCAGUGGCACUGUUUAUGUAUAUGCGUUUACUGGGAUACCCGGCAAACCGCAUCAGCAUCCUAACCACUUACAAUGGACAGAAGCAUUUGAUUCGUGACAUCAUUAAUCAGCGAUGUGGAAAUAACCCUGUGAUUGGGCAACCCAGUAAGGUUACUACAGUGGAUAGAUUCCAAGGACAGCAAAAUGACUACAUCAUCCUUUCCCUAGUCAGGACCAAGGCAGUGGGUCACCUGAGAGAUGUCCGACGUCUGGUAGUCGCCAUGUCCAGAGCUCGAUUAGGCCUGUACAUCUUCGGCAGAGUUUCUCUGUUCCAAAACUGCUUUGAGCUGACACCAGUUUUCAGCCAGCUGACGGCUCGCCCUCUCAGACUACACAUCCUACCCGGAGAAUCGUUCCCGACCCAGAGGAGGAAUGGUGAGAUGCCUCCCUACCCAGCUCAAGUCAUUAAGAAUAUGCCAGAAAUGGCGACGUUUGUGUAUAAUAUGUAUAUGCACAUGAUGCAGAGGAGUCACAAGUACCAGUACCGCCAGGAUCUUCUACCUCCUCCUGCUCCAACACAACGUACAGAUAAUCUGUCCACUCAGGAUGAGGGUAUGGAAGUUGAUGCAGAGACUUUUCAAUAUGCGCAUGAAGCAUCAGAACAAGCUGCCCGGAAGAACCCGGAUACAGAAGAGGGCACCGCAGAGAAGCGGGCGGAUUCCAAAGAUCCUGGGGAAACACUGAAACCUAUGGAAAGGGCUGGCAAGCAAGAGAAGAAGCUGGCCAGUGCUAUGGACGAAGCACCAUCAGAGAUGACAAGUGAACCCUGUGAGGCCCAGAAGUCAGUAACUGAACCCACUGAAAUGCAAGAGUCUAAUCCAGGACAGGCUGAGAUGAAGGAGCCAGAGACCGAACACGCACAUUCUGAGAAGCAGACACAAAACAAACUCUCUGAUGGAGCAUCUGGGACCCCAGAAGGGUUGCAGCAGGAGGCAGUAUGUGAAAUGGAUGUAGCAGAGGAAGGAGGGGAUGCACAUGACAUCAGUCAGCAAGAAGAAGAGGGAUCAGAACAUCACAAGAUGCCAGAGCAUCCCGGCAGGGACAGUGAUAGUGAAUACAGUGAGGAUGAAGGGGCAGGUGAUUAAUCAUGAUAGAAUGGCAUAGCAGACCUGAUGCACGAGGCUGUGUUGUCUUCUAUCACCAUGUCUGAUCAUUUGCAUCAUUCCAGGAGAGGUCACUUUCUAGGCUUUGUGUCAUCUGCAGUGCCGCCUUCCCUAUUAUAGUCAUGGAAAUUGGGAUGAAUAUUUUUUUGUAAGUUUAUUUUUCAUCCAAAAGUAGAAACAAUACAGACGUGUCUUGUAACAGCUGGGCUAUGCUGUAUAGUGUCCUGCUUUGUGUUAGAACUGGAUUGUGUUCACAUCUCCUCCCAGCAGCU